GGGGUCUGAAUACUUUCCGAUGGGCUGUAGAGUGUCAUAGAUUUACAUACAGAAUAAUAUGAAAUGCUCUGAGACAAGGUUGCUAUUGAAAAGCACAAUAGAAAUAAAGUUAACGUUGUAUCCUCGAGCUACAUCUAUUGUUACAAAAUGUUAAUUGUGACACCUCUGAUUAUGACCUUAUGAACUGCGUUGCCCUGGGAAACGGAUGCGCAUUGCCAUGAAGGUUCGUGCUCGUGCCCCUGUCAAAAGAAGAUACCAAUAGCAAGUUAGCUUGUCAGCUGAGCUAGCUAAAUACCACUUGUAGUUUACAAAAAGGUCAUUAAGAAUGCAAGUGCAACUCAUUAAUUUGUCAAUUAUUGAACAGCUAAUAAGGAAUUUCAUAACUUUUAGCUUUUGCCUUUGGCCAAUUUGAUAGUUUUUCUGGUCAUUAUUAAAGCAAGGGUGAUACAGUAGCUAGCUAGCUAACGUUAUUUAACUAGCUAAAAAUGCAAAUUUUUCCAAAUGAAUAUGAAAUAUCCAAGCCUAUAGUAGCUAGUUAACUUCUAGCUAACUUUGGAUAACAUUAUUUUUGCAUGUAAUGAGUGUUUGUCAUGUCAAUGAUGGAUAACAAUUCAACAACAACGUUGAGUAUUGAACAUUUCCAGAUUAUUGGUCUAUGUGAAAAAUGUUAACCUGUAUGUAUGGUUUCCGUAGAUUGAACCAACCGGUUCAUGACAUUACAGCGCUGUCAGCCAUGUCCAGACUACAUCACCUGUAUGGCCUGUUGAGGUACCUGAUGAUGUUACUCAGUGGCAUCAUAUUUGUGAGUGGCCUUGUGCUGUUUGGCCUAGGCGUGUGGAUUAGGUACGGGGCGGCCACCUUCGUCCAGGUGAUGGGCUCUUUCUCGGCACAGCUGGUGACCAUCAGCUAUGUGUGUAUGUGCCUGGGGGCCAUCCUGUCUCUGCUGGGGUUCAUUGGCUGCUACGGGGCCUGGAGCGAGAACCGCUGCCUCAUCUUGCUGUAUUUCUUCAUCGUGUCCAUGAUGUUUACAGCUGAGGUUACUGGGGUUAUUUUCAUCUUGGUGUACAAAGAUCUGGUGGAGGUUAUGAUUCGUGGAGCCAGUAAGGACUCUUUACGGAUGUCCUAUAUGGGACCAACGGCUUCAGACCCCAUAUCAACAGCCUGGAACACCAUCAUGGUCCAUUACAAGUGCUGUGGCUUUGACAACUCCACGGAUGACUUCAAGAACUCCGUGUUCAGUGCUAACACUGGCCUGUUGUACCCCAAGACGUGCUGUGUUGACCUGACGAGCACUGCCUGCGACGGCCUCGACACCACCCAGGGCCUGAUACACCCAAAGAGCUGCAUUACCAAACUGAUCAAUGUGAUCCGGGACCAGAGCGUCAUCUUUGGCUCCACUGCUUCUGGGAUCUGUGUCAUGGAGUUGGCGUCCAUGAUGGUGUCAGUAGUGUUGUUCGUCAGACUAGGCAACACCUAUUAUUAGACCAGCAGCAACACAGAGAACAGAGCCUGACCCAGGCAUGGUAGGUCAACCAGACCAGAGACAACACCAUAAUAAAUGAGACUUGCAGAUGAAGCCUCCUUGUCAGUAGACUGUGGUUAUUGUGGUGCUUAGGUACUGCUUAGGGUUUAUGGUAGAUGUGGGAGGGUGGGUGUCUCUCUGUAUGUGAAUUUGUGAUGAUUAGCAGUCUAGUGAACAGGAAAACUCUUUGACAACUACUCCCUCUUGUGGAAUAUAUCUGUCAGUGUCAGAGGCAGAAUCACAGUGUCAUGGUCAGUCACAUGUCUGGGAACAUUAAGUAACAUUGAGUUAUAAUAUAAUAAUAUAUGCCAUUUAGCAGACACUUUAAUCCAAAGGGGUUUACGGCAGUGCGUGCAUACAUUUUU